CACACACACGCACACGUACACAGACGGCGCAGCGCUGAAAACAACAAGAUACACACACGCGCACGCGCACAUACACACGCACACACACACAGUGACACACAUAGGCAGACACACACACACGCACACACACAGAGACAGAGGCUCAUGACAGCGUCGCAGAAAGUCACAGUGUAGUCGCAGCCAUGGAGAAACCUCCCUUCAGGCAGAACCAGAGCUGUGGAGACUGGGAGCUGAAGGAGAGGCUGGGAAUGGGAGGCUUUGCCCAUGUCUACCUGUACCAGCAUCACGAGACGAAUGAAAAGCUGGCUGUGAAGAUGUGUCGUCUGGAGCUCACAGCGCGGAACAAGGACCGAUGGAGCCGAGAAAUCCAGAUCAUGAAGAAAUUGAAUAACAUAAACGUUGUGACGGCCCGAGAAGUCCCAGAGGAGAUGAGGCACAUCGCCCUGAACGAUCUGCCGCUGCUGGCCAUGGAGUACUGCUCCCGAGGAGACCUGAGGAGGGUUCUGAGCAAACCUGAGAACUGCUGCGGUUUGAAAGAGAGUGAAGUUCUGUCCUUACUCAACGAUGUUGGAGCUGGUAUCCAGUAUCUGCAUGAAAACAAGAUCAUCCACCGGGAUCUUAAACCUGAGAACAUUGUGCUGCAGGACAUCAACGGAAAGCUGGUUCACAAAAUCAUUGACCUGGGCUACGCCAAAGACCUGGACCAGGGGAGUCUGUGCACCUCCUUCGUCGGCACGCUGCAGUACCUGGCACCGGAGCUGUUUGAGAACAAGCCCUACACCGUCACUGUGGACUACUGGAGCUUCGGCACCAUGAUAUUCGAGUGCAGUUGUGGUUUCCGUCCUUUCUUGCACAACCUUCAACCUGUGCAGUGGGCGACCAAAGUGCGGAACAAAGGUCCUAAAGACAUCAUGGCGGUGGAAGACGUGAGCGGAGAAGUCCGAUUCUCCACUCACCUCCCCUACCCCAACAACCUGAGCAGGACCAUGUUGGAGCCGAUGGAGUCUCUGCUCCAGCUGAUGUUGAAGUGGGAUCCUCUCCACAGAGGAGGCAAAGUGAAUCCCGACACCAAGAAACCCAUGUGCUUCGAAGUUCUGGAGCAGAUACUGAGCACCAAGGUCGUCCACAUCCUGAACAUGACCACCGCUCAGGUCCACUCUUUCCAGCUGACUCCAGACGAGUCACUCCACAGCCUGCAGAAACGCAUCGAGGCCGAGACCAAGAUCGAGGUGGUGAACCAGGAGCUGCUGCAGGAGACGGGCGUGUCACUGGACCCCAGGAAGCCGGCGGCGCAGUGCGUCCUGGAUGGAGUGAGAGGCUGGGACAGCUACAUCGUCUACCUGUUCGACAAGAGCAUCACCAAGUACUCCGGGCCCCUCAGUGCCAGACAGCUGCCCGACAAAGUCAGCACCAUCGUUCAAGAGGCCAAGACGCAGCUGCCCCUGGCGGCGCUGAAGAAGGUUUGGGGAGAAGCCGUGAGCUACAUCUGUGGCCUGAAGGACGACUACAGCCGACUCUUUCAAGGACAGAGGGCGGCAAUGCUGAGCCUCCUGCGCUACAACACCAACCUGACCCGCUGUAAGAACAGCAUGUUCGGCUUCUCUCAGCAGCUGAAAGCCAAGUUAGAUUUCUUCAAGAGCAGCAUCCAGUACGACCUGGAGAAAUACAGCGAUCAGAUGCACUACGGCAUAUCCUCUGAGAAGAUGCUGAAGGCCUGGCAGGAGAACGAGGAGAGAGCUGCUGCCUUUGCACAGGUGGCAGAGGUGAGCCACUUGGAUGAUGAGAUCAUGGCUCUGCACUCGGAGAUCGUGGAACUUCAGAGGAGCCCGUACGCCCGACGCCAAGGAGACAAGAUGGAGCAGCUAGAGGAAAAGGCAAUCGAGCUCUAUAAGCAGCUGAAGAUGAAGUGUAAAAUUUCUGAGACGGACGUGAGCAGCGACAGCUCUGAGAUGGUGAAGGCCAUUAUUCAAACCGUUCAGAACCAAGACAAGGUCCUGAAAGAUCUGUACACGCACCUCAGAAAGAUCCUGAUCAGCAAACAGAAGAUCAUCGACUUGUUUCCACGGAUUGAGAAAACGCUGGAGAGCAUCAAGGACGCGGACAACACCGUGAUGCAGAUGCAGAUAAAGAGACAAAGAGAGUUCUGGCAUUUACUGAAGAUCGCAUGUGCCCAGAACUCAUCCCGGAGCUCGAUAGCAGCCAGUCCCGAGUCGUCCAACCUGAUGCAGGUGUCUCCCUGGUCCCAGUCGGCUCAACCAGUCAGCUCCCCCCAUCCUCUGACCUCCCUGCCCGGGCCCAACGACAGUGACGCAGCUCCUCGUCUGCUGCAGGAGAACCAGAAGUACCUCAGUCAGCUGACCAGCCUGAUGCAGGAGGCGGCCGACGAACAGGCCAACAGCAUAGUGGACCAAGACUGGAGCUGGACAAAAUAUGAAACCUUAACCACAAAAUUAAAAAAGCAAAAUGCGUAAAAGAGCUGUGGUCGUCCUCCCUCCCUGCUCCGAGUAACACUAAGGACUGUGAGCUGUGAACGCAGCACAGCGGCUACACAACGGCAACACAACGUUGUGCAGUUGUACAUGGACUCGGGAUACUCUCUUUAAAAAAAACCGUUCUCUUUACCUUUAAAAAAAAAAAAAAAAAAAGAGUUCACACCUGCUGGUGUCUGUCCACUGCCAUCAUGUCUCAUGGUGGAAACGUUCAGAUCCAUCAAUAUUCUUGUUUCUCUACAAGUAAACAAAUGAAGCCGUGUCCCUCUGCCCCCCCCCCCCCCAUUUACCUUUAGCUGCACACAAUUUAUCACAACUCAUGAAAACCAAUGAUGUUCAUUUAUACUGUUAAUUGCAAAAAAUCGAGCAAACUGUAGCAGCAGAUUCGAGGGUUUGAGGCGGAUUCGUGUCACAUGGGAGGAAACAGGCAGAAACAUGAGAAGUGACUCGGCCUCGUAAAACAAGGGGAAGACGGGAAGUGGUCGCGGGGGGGGUGGUGGAGGAGGAAAUUACAAUCAAGCAGCAAACAGCACUUUGAUACUCCCAUGUAUCCUCUGUGUAAAGAGACCAAACGUUCCAGGAUCCCAGUCCCCACGACACGGGAGCUGUGAUUCUCAAUUUCAUAUCAUUUCCUACAAACAUUCAGACGUUCAGAUUCUGUGCACACGUUGUUUCUCAAUCGGGUUCUGUUUGAAUAGAGUGUAAUAGAUCCCCGGCUCGUGUCAGGAUAUAUGUGACAGACGUGGCGGGCCAUCAUGUUCAUACUUUGUCUAUAAUGUACAUCGAUCUUUUUAAACACGAGCUCCGACUCUUGUUCAUAUGCACAUUUUAUUUCACUGGAGAGUUGAAGCUGCGUUCACGUCAUAUGAAGCCAAACUGGAAGAUUUGUGGUUUCACUUUCUCCAGUGUCUGGAUUCAAACAUGAUACAAUAAUAAAUAUAACAAAUCAUUGAAUAUUACAGUCGCUUUUCUAAUCUGAGAAUUUUCUUUAAUCAGAUUUGAUGAUAAACUGAAUAUUUUGACCUUUUCGACCGAGGUUCAAACAAAAGAAACAUUUGUUUGAUUAAAAAUCUGCUUUUUUGUUCACGAACACUUAAAAAUUUGGUUAAAUAUUCAUGAUUUAAUGAGCACAAUUAUCUCCAGCUUAUAAUUUUCAAUAGUUAAGCUCUUGAACCUGCUCGGUGUGGAUUGUGUUGGAUCAAAUCAACCUGUGGUAAAUUGUAAAAGACGUUUCUAAAGUAAUUAAGUUAAUUGCAGCUACAGAAUUCUCACAUCUGUCAUUUUUAAUAAACUGUAAAUAUGACGUGAACGCAGCCUUUUGUCAUGAGGACGUGAGACGACCUGGUUUCCUCUCAAAUAAAAUAACUGUAGCACGGUCGAGGUCUUCAGCCGCUGUGGGUCGGUCCCGUGGGGCCAGAGAGGAACCGACCUCUGACUUGUAUUUAUGAAGUUGAAGUGCAAUGGAGAAAAGAUAUUUUUUAUAUUUAAGUAACUUGAUUUGUUGGUUUUCUUUUCGAUUGGAGUAUUUGUUUCAACUUGUCUCUGAAUGUUUACUUUUUAGAAAUGUCGGUGUGUAAAGAUCAAAUGUUUGCCUGGUGAUGAAAUAAAACGACUUUGGCAUGAA